AUGAUUAAAGCUCACGUGAGCAGUCACGUGGCGCCCAUGACCCACCAAAGCCAGGGGACCCGACCCGGCCCGAAUAUACCCC